AUGGGUGGACUCCGUGCAGUCGAGGACCGGCCCACGCCGAAGGAGGUCUACAACUGGCGCCUCUACAUCGAGUCCUCCAUCAUUGCCAUGGGAUCGCUGCUCUUCGGAUACGACUCAGCCUUCAUCGGGACGACAAUCGCGCGCAAGAGUUUCGUCAACGACUUCGGCAUCACCCCGGCCACGUCCAAAGAGAUCUCGUCCAACAUCACCUCGGCCUUCCAAGCCGGCGCGCUUGGUGGCGCGCUCAUGUGCUUCUUCAUCACCGAGCGAGUCGGCCGCAAAUGGGCGCUGAUCAUUAGCAAUUUCGUCUUCAUCGCCGGGGCCGUCCCCAUGGUGGCCGCCACGAAUGACCUCGCCUCCAUGUACGCCGGCCGAGCCCUGACCGGCUGGGGCUGCGGCGUCAUCACGGCAACCGUACCUUCAUACAUCGCCGAGCUGUCGAUCCCGUCGAUCCGAGGCAUCCUGACCGGUCUCUUCGAGGUCACGUAUCAGACCGGCUCGCUCGUCGGCUUCUGGAUCAACUACGGCAUCAACCAGAACAUGGACCCCAUGAGCUCCGCGUUCUGGCGCCUGCCGAUGGCCGUCCAGCUGAUCCCGGCGGGCGCCCUGUUGGUCGGCGGUUUCCUGCUGCACGAGUCGCCUCUCUGGCUCUAUCGCAAAGGCCGCGAGGAGGAGGCGCAGAAGAACCUCGUCGCGCUGCGGCACCUGCCGAUCGAGCACCAAUACAUGCAGGAGGAAGUCGAGAUGAUCCGGGCCAGGCUGGCCGAGGAAGCCUCCAUCGCGGCCACGUACGGCGGGGGCUUUUACGCCUAUAUCCGAGGAUCGCUGCACGAGCUGUCGAGGAAGGGCAUGUGGAACCGUUUGCUGCUUGUCUUCUGCGCGUUCGCCCUGCAGAACAUGUCGGGUGCUGCUGCCAUCAACUACUACUCCCCCAUGCUCUUCGGCUCUAUCGGCAUCACCGAUGUGGCGUUGUACACAGGCAUAUAUGGCCUCGUCAAGGCCGUGGCGUCCAUCAUAUUCUACGGUGCACUGAUUGACAUCUGGGGCCGUCGUAGGCCGACCAUCAUCUCAUCCUUGGCCUGCUGCCUCUGCUUGUGGUUCACUGGUGCGUACGUAAAGGUGGCAACUCCAGCGCCGAUCAUUGCAGCCGGAGGAAAGCUCUCUGCCUCGAGCGAAGCCGGUGGCCGUGCUGCGACUGCGGCCAUCAUGAUUUACUCUGUUUUCUGGUCGUUUGGUCUGAACGGAAUUCCUUGGAUUGUCUCCGCCGAGAUCUUCCCAGGCGCCCUGCGUAACUUGACCGGAACAUUCGCCGCCUUCACGCAAUGGCUGAUCCAAUUCAUCAUCACCAAGGCGCUGCCGUACAUCUUCAGCAGUCUCGACUACGGCGUCUGGUUCUUCUUCGCCUGCUGGAUGCUGACGGCCACCGUCUGGGCCUACUUCUUCCUGCCGGAGACCAAGGGUGUCACAAUCGACCAGAUGGACGUUCUUUUUGGCUACGAAGGCGAUCGCCGUGCCCAUGGAUCCCCCCUCAAGACGGACGAUGCAAAGAGCAUGGAGCAUGAUGUUCGUGAGAUAGACCAGGCAAGCAGAGCAUAG